AUCACCCAGCUUUGCCGAACUGAACACCGAGCAAGGGACAAGUUAUGAUGCGGACCGAUAGAUGGCGAUAAACACGCCGCGCUUUUCAAUCAGCUUCUCCUCAGGAAAACAAAACUUGACAUUAUUAUAUUAUUACUAUUAGUAACCUAAACUGAAGCGCAUAAAUGGAAGGCGAAAUUAGUGUUAUAUCAACGUGUUUAUUUAGAGGCUCGGAAUAUGUAGUCAGUAUGGUUACGAGUGGUUCAUCUGCUGUUCCGACGUUAGAGAUUCAAGUCGAGCAUCACGAUAGCGGGCAACGUUGGGAGGGGGCGUUCGGCGUCUCAUAUAUAGAAGACAUGACUCACAAGACAGGAAACUUUAAACAGUUUAAUAUAUUUGUUAGUAUGUUGGAGUCAGCUUUGGUGAAAAAUACGGACAGUGUAACACUUGAUCUGCUAACUCAUGCAGACCUGGAGACGUUACGGAGUCGGAAGGUUACCGUCCAAUCACAAGGCAGCUCAACCCGUAGUGUAACAAAGAAUAAGCGCUACCUAAUACUCACGUAUACAGUGGAGUUUGACAGAAUUCAUUAUCCUUUGCCAUUGACUUACCAAGGAAAUGCUGACCCAAAGAGACUUCAAAAGACUGUGCAAAGUUUGAGGACUGAACUUAAAGAUUUGAGACAGCGCCAUGCGGCUGCAUCGGCAUUAGAGACUGACCUGAGAAAGCUACAGAGAGACUAUGAUGCUCUUCUGGUGGAGAAAGAAGACUUGGAGGUGGCCUACGAAGAGUUGCGGUUGGCAGCACCUCCGAGUUAUGCUUCGGUUGGACUUGGCAAAGAGGAGAGGCUGUUGAAGGAGAUGAUCAAGAUGCUGGAAGAGGAACUGAUGAGAGAGAGGACCAAACAUCAGCGGGUGUCGGCUAAGAAAGACGAGGAAUGUAGAGAGCUGCAGGCUGAGGUUAAGGACUUGCGGGGAAAGGAGCGCUCUCUUCAAAUACAUGUGAAGAACCUAACGAAAGAACUGGCUGAAUAUAAAAGAGGGAGGCUGUUCACACCACGACUAGGUGCCUCCAGCACCACAAGCAAUAGUAUGAGGCGCUCGGAAUCCUAUACAGGGCAGCAAUCAGUGGCGUGGGCGAGGGAGAGAACAUUGUCACGAUUGUAUCAACAAAGGAAAACGCCGUCCCCAGCACCAAGGUUUGAUCCAACUGCCUAUGUGAAGAGCAAAGAGAGGCAACUAAAAUCAUCGACCCAAAGGAGAAAGCGCUCUUUGAGCCGAGGCUCGUGCGAGCGGUCAGGAUUCCUUCGCGGUGCCUCGCCGUGCGUGGGGUCAGGGGCACGCACUCGGUCGCACCCCAUCUCUCGCAGUCCAUCACCCGCUUACUCGCAGCGACGUAGUGUGGCUUGGAAGAACUCUAAUACAUCCUCUCACCAAAGAAGGAGCGGGAGUCUAGCGAGUCGGUCUUCAUCCUGCGAGUCGUCACGUAACAGCAGACAAGAGGACAGGCCACGCAGUCGUCAGAAUGGUCCAAUUCUCAACAGCCCCUCCGUCAUUACGCAGGUGUCGUCCUUAAAAAACCCAUAUAAUGGAAGGAGUAAAUCAGCCACACUCACUCAGGCCAAGAACCUCAAGGUGACAAAACGACCUUCACUCCACACUCCAAGUGCAACUGGAGACAGCAGAUCACUGAGACGUUCUAGUGGUAAUCCAGUAAGGCGGUCGGCCGACAGAGCUAGGAGUUCAUUGGGCAUGAACCACUCGGGCAGCUCAACCAGAGGUGUGUUGGGACCUCAGCCAGACAUUGCUGAAUUGGACGCUAGAUUACAGGCCCUGCAGGAUUAUCUUAGAGAUGCAGGGUGCACUGACGGAACAGUGAACUAAAUUACACACACUCUCGGUAUGUUACACGAUAGUUGCUGCCACCAUCACAGCAAUGUGGUGUGCA